AUGCCCAACAUCCGCGAAUCGAUCGAUGAUUGUCAUAUGCGUUAUUACAAGUGGGGGGCAGGCCCAGAGCCAAAGCCUGCCUUCGGGAGACCAGCCUAUUUGCGAGAGUUCGCCCACAUGGCCGCAAUUGGAUGGACGUCAAACGCGUCCGUCGCGUGGAACUGCGGAGGAUCGCUCAUCUGGGAGAACUACGUCCUCACGGCGGCUCACUUUACGUCCGUUCAUUUCAUUAGCAACGUGCCGCCCGAUGUGGUUCGCCUUGGGGAUAUUAAUCUGUACAAUGACACGGACGACCAGUAUGCGCAGCAGCUGAAGAUUGUCGAAAUUGUGCGCCACCCGGAACACCGGUUCAGCACGCGUUAUCACGAUCUGGCGCUGUUGAGGUUGGAGAGGAAUGUUAGACUACAUGAUACGGUGGCGCCCGGCUGUCUGUGGAACGAUGAAGAGAUUCCUUUCCCGUCGAUGGAAGCCACUGGCUGGGGAGCAACAGGAUUCGGUCAAAAGUCCACUCCGAUUCUUCUCAAGGUGUCCCUCGGGUUGGUGAAAAAGACCGAAUGUGAUAGGUUCUAUCGCGUUGGUGACCGAGGAUUGAAGCAGGGCUUACAGGACUAUCAACUGUGCGCUGGCGAUGUGAAAAUGGACACCUGUCCGGGUGACUCGGGUGGACCAUUGCAAAUGAAACUGCUGCACAAAGGCAAGAUGACCCCAUUCGUGGUGGGUGUUACCUCGUUCGGUGGUGUGUGCGGCCAAUCGAUACCGGGAGUGUACAUGAAGGUGGCCCCGUACAUCCCGUGGAUUAGUUCGGAGCUGGCGAAACGUGGAGAGAAUGUACAAG